CCGGGUCCGACGUCACUCACGUGGCGGCGCGGCCCGCCUCCCGGUGACGUCAGCGCGCCGGCCGGCGUGCAGAAAGGAUGCUCGGCUGCAGGGCAGGUGGGCGGCCGGCCUGCGCCAUGAGGCACGGCAGGGCUCUCUAGCAUGGUCAGUGAGGGCGCCAUGAGUGGCUCGGGGAACCUGAUGGAUUUUCUCGAUGAGCCCUUCCCUGAUGUGGGGACGUACGAGGACUUCCACACCAUCGACUGGCUGCGGGAGAAGUCACGGGACACUGACAGACACCGGAAGAUAACGAGUAAGAGCAAGGAGUCCAUAUGGGAGUUCAUCAAGAGCCUGCUGGACGCCUGGUCGGGAUGGGCGGUGAUGCUGCUCAUCGGCCUGCUGGCAGGCACCCUGGCUGGGGUCAUCGAUCUGGCCGUGGACUGGAUGACCGACCUGAAGGAGGGCGUGUGCCUCUCGGCCUUCUGGUACAGCCACGAGCAGUGCUGCUGGACCUCCAACGAGACCACUUUUGAGGACAGAGACAAGUGUCCGCUGUGGCAGAAAUGGUCAGAGCUCCUGGUGAAUCAGUCGGAGGGUGCCAGCGCGUACAUCCUCAACUACCUGAUGUAUACGCUGUGGGCUUUGCUUUUCGCGUUUCUGGCCGUGUCCCUGGUGCGAGUGUUUGCGCCCUAUGCCUGUGGCUCCGGAAUCCCAGAGAUAAAGACCAUCUUGAGUGGGUUUAUCAUCAGGGGCUACUUGGGGAAGUGGACCCUGCUCAUCAAGACCGUCACCCUCGUUCUCGUGGUGUCCUCGGGCCUGAGCCUCGGGAAAGAAGGGCCGCUGGUGCAUGUGGCAUGCUGCUGUGGCAACUUCUUCAGCAGCCUUUUCUCCAAGUACAGCAAGAAUGAAGGCAAGAGGCGCGAGGUGCUCUCAGCUGCUGCUGCUGCGGGAGUCUCUGUGGCCUUCGGUGCUCCCAUUGGUGGGGUGCUCUUCAGUCUAGAAGAGGUCAGCUACUACUUCCCCUUGAAGACGCUGUGGCGCUCCUUCUUCGCGGCCCUCGUGGCGGCCUUCACGCUGCGCUCCAUCAACCCGUUUGGGAAUAGCCGUCUGGUUCUCUUCUAUGUGGAGUAUCACACACCCUGGUACAUGGCCGAGCUCUUCCCUUUCAUCCUGCUGGGGGUCUUCGGGGGCCUCUGGGGCACCCUCUUCAUCCGCUGCAACAUCGCCUGGUGCCGGAGGCGCAAAACCACGCAGCUGGGGAAGUACCCGGUGCUGGAGGUAAUUGUGGUGACGGCCAUCACCGCCAUCAUCGCCUACCCCAACCCCUACACGCGCCGGAGCACCAGUGAGCUCAUAUCGCAGCUCUUCAAUGACUGCGGGGCCCUCGAGUCUUCGCAGCUCUGUGACUACAUCAACGACCCUAACAUGACCCGGCCUGUGGAUGACAUUCCUGACCGGCCUGCCGGGGUCGGGGUCUACACGGCCAUGUGGCAGCUGGCCCUGGCGCUCAUCUUCAAGAUCGUCAUCACCAUCUUCACCUUCGGUAUGAAGAUCCCAUCAGGCCUCUUCAUCCCCAGCAUGGCCGUGGGUGCCAUGGCAGGCAGGAUGGUGGGCAUCGGCGUGGAGCAGUUGGCUUAUCAUCACCACGACUGGAUCAUCUUCAGGAACUGGUGCCGGCCCGGAGCGGACUGUGUCACCCCAGGACUGUACGCCAUGGUGGGGGCUGCCGCCUGCUUAGGUGGAGUGACUAGGAUGACGGUGUCAUUGGUGGUCAUCAUGUUUGAACUCACGGGCGGCCUCGAGUACAUCGUGCCCCUCAUGGCGGCCGCUGUCACCAGCAAGUGGGUGGCAGAUGCCUUCGGGAAAGAGGGCAUCUACGAGGCGCACAUCCACUUGAAUGGGUACCCGUUCCUGGACGUGAAGGACGAGUUCACCCACCGCACGCUGGCCACAGACGUCAUGAGGCCCCGGCGGGGUGAGCCGCCACUGUCGGUGCUCACGCAGGACAGCAUGACCGUGGAGGAUGUGGAGACACUCAUCAAGGAGACAGACUACAACGGCUUCCCUGUGGUGGUGUCCAGGGACUCGGAGCGCCUCAUCGGAUUCGCGCAGAGGAGGGAACUCAUUUUGGCCAUCAAGAAUGCCAGGCAGAGGCAGGAGGGCAUCGUCAGCAACUCCAUCAUGUACUUCACGGAGGAGCCCCCUGAGCUGCCGGCCAGCAGCCCUCAGCCCCUGAAGCUGCGGCGUGUCCUGAACCUCAGCCCUUUCACAGUUACAGACCACACCCCCAUGGAGACGGUGGUGGACAUCUUCCGCAAGCUGGGACUCCGCCAGUGCCUGGUGACACGGAGCGGGAGACUUCUUGGCAUCAUCACAAAAAAGGACGUUCUACGACAUAUGGCCCAGAUGGCAAACCAGGACCCCGAAUCCAUCAUGUUUAAUUAGAAGCAAGGUGGCACUGAUUCCGAGGAAAACACAACUGUGUCAUUUUAAAGAUGUAAAUCAUAUGUUAUUACCCUCAUGAACCAUUGUCUGCUGGGGGCAUCGGAAACAAAAACCUCAUUUGAAGAAAGGGAAGAAGAUGAAACCGUUUUAGGAAGCAGUAUCAGCAAGUAGGCAUUUUGUAGCAUUAACCCCUUACAGUUUCAAGCUGUGUUUGUUAUUGAGAUGACUGAUGGCCAUGGGGGCCGGGGCUCGGAGUAACCGUUGCAGCUGUCCGUGGAGCACUUGCACCCGGUCCAGCAACCUUUGUCCCUUCUGCUCAUGGCUGCUGCUCAGGAAACUUAGAGCCCCAGUGGUCCAGGAUUAAGGUUAUUCAUUGGUUCCUACAGAUUCGCUGUUUUGUCCCUGCACCAGACUAUAGACAUUCGUACUUUGCUGGAAGAGGAAUUUCAUUUAAAUGUACUACAAGUUGCCAGUGCCCUCCUGGUGACUUCAUCCUUCCUUGCUCCUGUCCUCAACUUGUUCUUUUGCUUUUUGGUUCUGACCUGACAUCUGAAUAAGUGCAAAGCCAUCAUUUGUCUCUGCAAGGCCAGCAUCUUGGGACUUCCUAGUGAUCUCUUAAGGCCUUCUGUGCUGUCUGCUGCAUUUCCUGCUCUAUCAAGGGAUUCACCCUGACUUUCCAGGUGCACACACCCCGUCAUGCAUCUGCACCUCUCUGGCAUUUGCUUCAUUUAUGUAUCACUGCUGCUGCCUGUGCAUUGUGAAGUAGCCAUCCGUAUGCCACUUUCCGAGGAUUGUAGCUUGUCGACGGUCAACUCGCUAUAAGAGUGCUCUACUUUCCAGCUAGCAUGUAGCAGAGUCCAAACAGACUCCCCAGAGUUACUGCACUUCUUCUCAGAUCUGAUUAAAUACGGCGGCAGAGAGGGCAAAGCAUGAGUUCUCAGUGGGAACUCCUCCAAAUGGAUUGCAAGAAAAAGACUAAAUUGAUUCUAAAUCUAUUCCAUUCUCUUCUCUGUAGGAUGCAAAACGUCCCGCUUGAAUGUAUUAACCGUGUACUUUCAUACUAGCAGUCAGCUGACAGAAGGACACAGUUCCAUUUCAGAUGGCCAAGUGGAGCACUGAGGAUCUCUGUCUUUGAGAUGGAUGGAGGUGGCAUCUCCUCCCGGGACCUCCAUCUUCUCUGUGGGGAGGAAUGGAACUGCGUGUCUAGGGCCUCUGUAGAAUCUGUGAAGAGUAGGUGUCUUCGGCCUGUUUGUUCCUCUUCUCUGAUCUGUCCUCUUCCUGUCCUCUUCAUUGGAUAUUAAUGUGCAUGCGCUGGCUGCAAAGACAUGCAAACCCGCUAAAACCACAUAAUGCUGAAUAAGAGACUGGGGCGGAAAAAUCAGGCCCAGCCCCAUCCUCGCAAGGAUCCACACUCUUGGGGACUCUUUCACCAUCAUCUUCACCUUUUUUUCCCAGGGCUUAUUGCCUUCUGGGUACCAGAGUGCCAGGAACGAGUUCUGCUAGCUGAGCUGGACACGGCAAGGGGUCAGCCACCAGCACCCAGCUGCCGGCCUUGGCUGAUGUUGGGCCACGUGGUUCCCAGCCAUGUGUGAGUCUGCCAAGGCUGCUUUGGAGCUAGCAUGUCACUCUGACGAGAUGGAGCGUGUUGUUGUGGGGGAGGGGCAGGCCUGGGGUUCGUUGUGCUCUUUGCCCUCACUGUUGUUCCUGCUCUGUCCUGAACAUUCUCGGAGCCUUACUGUCCCUACUGUCCUCUCUCCUGGCUGACGCGUUCCCACCAGAACCUGUCACUGCACAGCCAGAGUGAAAAACUCAGUGGGCCACCAACCUAGCCACCAGCAGGCUCGUCAGGAACUUGGACUCGGUGGAAGAAAAUCCACUGACAUGAGCUCCUCCGAGAGCCCGUGGGAGCAGCGGUGGGUCAGCCACUGAGUGAAAGGACUGGCUGGCAGGUCCUGAGGAGUGGGUGCAAGCGAGGCUGGGUUCUUUUUCUGGGGCUUGAAAUCCCACUUCUUCGCUCCCCUGUGGCCUCCCCCAAGAGUGUGGCUCAGAGUUGUGCAGGGGACGAGCCAGGCUGACCACAGGGCUGGCCCGGAGCUGCAUCGCGGGGACAGGAAACGGUACACAAAUAGUCCCCUGGGGCCACAGUCACCCGCAGAACCGUGCCCCACCCCUCCCCCCCCAGUGCCUCAUAGAUGUAGCCGAGAAUGGUGGGCAACCCCGGAAGCUUCAUGUGACUUCAAAACCUUUGCUUUCUUCCAGAACUUGAACUUCUAAUUGGUUGUGGGGUUCCGACGCUCCUCCAAGAAGUCUAAGGUCAGACAGGUGGGCUAAGUCCAGGAAGGUAGGGUGAGCAUGGGGUACUCCCUCCCCUGGAUCCCUAACUAUGCCUAGUCUCCAGAUCCAGACCUUAGACUCCACAGGGAACCUGCCACGGCCUUUUAUCACCCUCCCUCAAAAUACAGGGGGCAGGGGGUAAGGGGCAGGGGGUGCUUUACUGUCUCCCAAUUUAAGUCUUCCAUCUGGUCUACCCAGUGACCAAAGAGCCAGAUUCCAAGAACUGGGGUGCUGAGGGGAAAAAAACCAUUUCAGAAGGAUGCGGUAUCUCUUUCCGUAACCAAAGCAUCUCGACCUUUGUACAACUUUCUGGAUUCUCUCAGAGUCCGUUUUUUAAUGUAAAUAAAUACAAAUAUGCAGUGGAAAGGGGGUCCCUUAGUGAGGCCCAUUAAUCUUUUUCUUGCACUCUCUCUCUACGGAAAUGUGCUAUAGAGGGAUGGAUGCCAGAUAAAAUGUCCUGAAGGUGACAGAUGAAAUUCUUGUCAGUGCUUCUUAGCAUGGGCCUAGAUGCAGAUUUUUAGGGGAAGGGAAUGUGCUAGAAGCAAUUCAAUAUUCAGUGUUUGCUGUUAGAUACAGGGCAUUCAGUUCAUCCCAAAAGCACCUUCCAAAGAAGAUGUGAAAACAGACAUAUUUGGUGCACCUAGAAACUGAACGCUUUUGAGGAGUUGGUUUCAUUCUGGUGACAGCAGCUUAGUUGAACUCCUCAAUGUGUAUAACGUCCAUUCAGUAGUCACUAUCCAUUUCAGCUUGGCACUGAGCUGAAAAAGAGGAGAAAUCAAGAAGUGGGUCUUCAGACUUACCUCCUCAUCAUAAUAGUCUUCCUUUGUGCGGCUCGGCCCUGGCACUCUGCAGGUUCCGCUUCCUGCCUUGCCAUCCGUUUGCAGGAGCGGGAGCUGGCUGUCAGCUGGGCGCACUGGCCAGGCUUGUGGCCGCUAUAACUGUCAAUCUCGUGACUUUCAUGAGCUCGGUGAGCAUUCGGUGUUGGAAUGACCACAGAGUUGUGUGGUCUCUGCAUUGUAACGCUGUGUGAACAUUGGCACCUUAUUAAAAAUGAAAUGUUUCAACUGUAUUUUUCAAAAUAAAGCUAGCAGAGAGUC